AUGACCCAGCUAAAAGAACACAAGAGACACAGCUGGGUUGGAAUAAAGAAUGCAGGUCUUCUGAGGUCAACCAUGGUGAUCCUAAGGCAAUGGAAAGCACAGACAACUCUACAAUGGGUGGAUGUCAACAAAAGGUUAUAUUUGCCCAGGCACCAGGCUGCAACCCAACAAGCUAAAGAAGGAGCACAACAAGAUAAGUCCCACACUGUAAUGUUAACCAUGCCAAUCAAAUUCUGA